AUGGCAAACUUGAAGCACCUAUCUCUCAUAUGUGGCAUUCUUGUUCUAUAUACAAUUUCAGUGCCACAAGGUCACUGCAGAGUUUUUCAGCCAAAUGAUGUGAAACUCAUAGAGCAAACAUGCAAGCAAACAGUGGAUCCUAAUCUUUGCAUUAAACUGCUUGAAGCAGACCCUCAUAGCUCAAGUGCAGAUGUAAGAGGCCUAGCACUAAUCUUGCUGAAUGUGGUCAAAGCCAAAGCAAAUGAUACAAUGAACAAAAUCAAUGAACUUCUUAAAGGGGGUGGCGAUAAGAAAGCCUUGAGUUCAUGUGCUGACAACUACAAAGCAAUUUUGGAACAUGAUAUUCCACAAGCCAUUGAAGCUCUGCAAUCUGGAAAACCCGAGGUUGCUGAAAUUGGGGCAAGUCAUUCUGUUGUUGAGGCCAUGUCUUGUGAGUAUGGCUUCAUUGCAAUAUCACCACUCUUCAAGGAGAACUAUGACGUGAGUGAUGCAGCAGAAGUGGCAUGGGAGAUUAUCUUACAAAUGCUUUAG